AUGGCUUCUCGGGCACUGGCGGUACGCCCACUGCUGAAGCAGAGAUACGGGCUGCGCUCAGGAUUGGCCCACACGCACCGCGGUCUGGCCACAGUCUCCGAUGACUCGCAACCAUACGAUGUCGUCGUGAUCGGAGGUGGCCAUGCCGGAUCUGAAGCCUGCGCGGCGGCAGCGCGCUCCGGCGCACGCACGGCCUUGAUCACGCCCUCGCGAUCGAAUAUCGGCGUCUGCUCAUGCAAUCCCAGCUUCGGCGGGAUCGGCAAAGGCACGAUGCUGCGCGAGGUGGAUGCCAUGGAUGGCGUUGCGGGCCGGAUUAUCGACAAGGCGGGGAUUAUGUUUCGGAUGUUGAAUCGCUCCAAGGGGCCCGCGGUUUGGGGACCGCGUGCGCAGAUCGAUCGUGAUCUGUACAAGAACUAUAUGCUGGAGGAAUUGACGGGUACUCAGGGAUUGAGUAUCGUGGAGGGUAAGGUUGCGGAUAUCGUGGUCUCGAAGGACGGGGGAGAGAAUGUCCCCGGGGCGCAGGGUAAGAUUGUGGGCGUGCGUUUGGAGUCGGGGGAGGUGAUUCCCACCGGGCGCGUGGUCAUUACGACGGGCACGUUUCUGGGUGGUGAGAUCCAUAUUGGUAUGGAUGUCUUCCCGUCGGGACGCAUGGGCGAGGCACCGACCUACGGCCUGAGCAAGUCACUCCGCGACGCUGGCUUUCAGCUAGGCCGUCUGAAGACCGGCACGCCCCCCCGGUUGGACAUGAAGACGAUCGAUUUCUCGAGCCUGGAAGUGCAAAGAGGGGAUUCACCACCACAGCCAUUCUCAUAUCUCAACAACUCCGUUCAAGUGGGCGACGAAGGCCAAUUGACGUGCUGGAUGACCCAUACCAACGAAGCAUCCCACGAAAUCAUCCGGGCCAAUCUGGACAAAUCAGUGCACAUUCGCGAGACGGUCCGGGGACCACGAUACUGUCCGUCGCUAGAAUCGAAGAUCAUUCGGUUCAAAGACAAGACCCGACACCAGAUCUGGCUAGAGCCGGAAGGAUUUGCGCCCAACGAAGUGAUCUACCCGAAUGGCAUCUCGAUGACCGUUCCUGAGGACGCGCAAUUCGCCAUGCUGCGCACGGUGCGCGGCUUGGAGAACGUCCAGAUGCUCCAGCCGGGCUACGGCGUGGAAUACGACUACAUCGAUCCCCGGAAUCUUCGACCAACCCUCGAAACAAAAUUGAUCAGCGGCCUCUACCUGGCCGGCCAGAUCAAUGGCACAACGGGCUACGAAGAAGCGGCCGGACAGGGUAUUAUCGCAGGCACGAACGCCGGACUGGCGGCGCAAAACCGCGACGCCUUGACUCUCACCCGGUCCGACGGGUUCAUAGGCAUCAUGAUCGACGACCUCAUCACCAAGGGUGUCUCUGAGCCCUACCGGAUGUUCACCACGCGCAGCGAAUACCGUAUCUCAACGCGCUCCGACAACGCAGACCUACGCCUAACCCGCAUGGCCCGGGAGGCCGGCGUCGUCUCAGACAAGCGCUGGCGCCAUUUCAGUGAUACAGAAACGCAAAUCCAAGAGCUCCAAGCUCUCCUCGCCAGCACAAAAAUGUCAUCAGUUGCAUGGUCUCGCCGGGGCUUCAAGAUCCGCGCCGACACCUCCGUCCGCUCAGCACUAGACAUGCUCUGUCUUGAAGAUGCCCAAAUCGAUACGCUGAUUCCUCACAUCGAGUCUGGUGGGCCAACAAUAUACACAACGUCCUCCUUCGCACCAGAGAUCCGCACGCGCGUUGCCAUCGAAGGCCGCUACGCGCCGUACCUCAAGCGCCAGGAAAAGAUGGCCCGUCGGUUCCAGCAGGACGAGAACCUGUUUCUGCCUGCAGACCUGGAUUACAGCUGCAUUCCGGGAAUUAGCAACGAGGAGCGCCAGGCGCUAGAGCGGGUUCGUCCCGCCAGCGUGGGCAUGGCUCGUCGGAUCGAGGGCAUGACGCCCGCUGGGGCACUGAGGCUUUUGAUGCAUGUGAGGAAGGGGAGUGGGUUUGGUGCGCAGGAAUUGGAUGGGCGGGAUGAGGUGGAUAGGGCUGCUGCCGAGGAGGCUCUCCGCUCGUCGCCUUGA